GGGCUGCGCGUGAGCGACAGGGAUUGACUGCAGGAUUGUGCGGGUGUUCAGUCUUGGAUCCGCAGCUUCAUCAUGUCGGCCAUAUUUAAAGUCGUCGUCAAACAAGUGAAAACCCACCCAGCCCUGAUCCCCCUCUUCGUCUUCAUCGGUGGGGGGGCAACAAUGAGCAUGCUGUACCUGGGCAGACUGGCUCUGAAAAACCCUGACGUCUCAUGGGAUCACACAAACAACCCAGAGCCCUGGAACAAGAUAGAACCCAAUCACCAGUACAAACUGUUCUCUGUCAAUAUGGAUUACUCCAAGCUGAAGAAGGAUCGGCCAGAUUUCUAAGUCUUCCCGUUCCGUCUGUGAGAGCGAGAACUUUUGGAUUAUUAUUCCUGCCAAACACCGCAACAUUCUUUCUUUAUGAAAAGGGAAGGAGCUUCUUUAGAGAUGAAGUAUGAAUAAAAACAGGCUAGCACCUGUUUUCU